AUGAAGUUUUUCGCACUUGCAGCGCUCUUCGCGAGCACAGCCAGCUCAAUUGCAGUCGGCGGUCUCAUUCCUGGUGCAAGAGUCAUCCCUGCUAACGACGUGGUAACCUUGAAAAAGGUCGGGGCUCAGCAUCACAAGCACCCUAACCGUCGCACAGUGAUCAUCCGUCCCUCUUGCAAUGAUACCGACGAUAUCUCUGCCGACUUCCUGUGGGGUAUCAAGAAGGCCAACCGUGGAGGAAGGCUGUUGCUGCAGAAGGGGAAGAAGUAUAUCAUCGGCAAGAAGCUCGACCUAACCUUCUUGAAGGAUAUCGAGGUUCAAUUGGACGGAGAACUAAAGUUCACCAAUGACGUGCCCUACUGGCAAGCAAACAAUUUCUAUUAUGACUUCCAGAAAUCCAUCAGCUUUUGGCGGUGGGGUGGUCAGGACAUCAAGAUCUUUGGUUCCGGGGUCCUGAACGGCAAUGGACAGCGCUGGUACAACGAGUUUGCUGGACACGAGAUUCUGGAUCCCAACAACGUGUACUACCGGCCCAUCCUCUUUGUGACUGAGAACGCCACCCGAGUCUCGGUCGAAGGCAUUACGCAGCUCAACUCUCCCUGCUGGACCAACUUCUUCGUCCGCACCAACGACAUCUCGUUCGACAACGUUUUCAUUCAUGCUUAUUCGACUAAUGCGUCGGCGCUCCCCAAGAACACCGAUGGCUUCGACACGCUCAACGUCGAUGGAUUGACUGUCACCAACACUCGGGUCGAUAUCGGUGACGAUUGCCUCUCGCCGAAGCCCAACACUACCAAUGUCUUUGUGCAGAAUCUCUGGUGUAAUAACACACAUGGGACGUCGAUGGGGAGUAUCGGCCAGUACCCUGGCGUCAUGGAUAUCAUCGAGAAUGUUUGGAUCGAGAAUGUAACCCUGCUGAACGGUCAAAACGGUGCUCGUCUCAAGGCAUGGGCUGGUCCCAAUGUGGGCUAUGGUCGCAUCAACAACGUGACUUACAAGAACAUCCGCGUCGAGAACACCGACAAUCCUAUCGUCCUGGAUCAGUGCUACUUCAACAUAAACGCUACAGAGUGUGCUGCCUACCCUUCACGCGUGAACUUCACAAACAUUGUCUUUGAGAAUAUCUAUGGAACGUCAUCUGGAAAAGAAGGCAAGGUCGUCGCCGAUCUGACCUGCUCGCCUAAUGCCGUGUGUUCUGGGAUCCAUCUUAAGGACAUUCACCUUACCAGCCCUGCGGGUAGUCCGCCAGUAAUUGUCUGUGAUGGAAUUCAGGGGGACAUCGGAGUUGAAUGCCAGUCGUCGACUAAGCGCUCUGUCAGUUUGGCCAGGGACCUGAAAUACAAGGCAUGA